UCACUCGCCUUGCUUUUUAGUAUGGCACACGAAGUUGUUUAUGCUCCGCGCUCUCUACCUGAUAACCGUUUUUAGGGUCGAUUAAAGCGUCUCCGUGUUGGGCCACCAUGGCACACAGAUAUCUUCGCCUCUCCAGAGGCUGCAGGAACUUUUUCGGCGCUCUCCUGUCUAAUUACAGAGCCACAAAUUGUGGGCGAGUGAUAUCUACUCAGAGAGAGGUGCUGCAAACUCUUGACAGAGGAGUGUUGCUUUCCCAGUUCUUGGGAGCUUACAGAAGGUUAAGCUCUAAGCCUCCAAAAGGAUUUGAAAAAUACUUCCCAAAUAGCAAGAAUGGCAGCCCAAAGAGCAGCGAGCCCAAGACACCCAGUGCAGAGGCCAAAGACGCCAAGACAAGCAAUGCCCAGAAGACCACUGGGAAAUCUGAUGGAGGUGGAGGAGGAGGCAGUGGUGGGGGUGGAGGCAAAAGGGGUGGAAGGAAGGAUGAUUCCACCUGGUACAGUCGUCUCCAAAAGGGUGAGAUUCCAUGGGACGACAAGGAGUUUCGUAUGUAUUUUCUAAGUGGCGCAGCUUUCUGGACAGCCGUCACGUACUAUUUCUUCUUACGGGAUGGAGGGAGAGAAGUCACCUGGAAAGACUUUGUGAACGGCUACCUGGCAAAAGGAGUUGUUGACAGGUUGGAGGUUGUGAACAAACGCUAUGUGAAAGUCAUUUUCUCUCCGGGGAAGACACCAGUCGAUGGGCAAUACGUGUGGUUCAACAUUGGCAGUGUGGACACGUUUGAGCGGAAUCUAGAGACUGCUCAGCUGGAACUCGGUAUUGAAGGAGAGAACAGACUGCCAGUGGUUUACUCCACUGAGAGUGAUGGGUCUUUCCUCCUGAGCAUGCUGCCCACUGUGCUGAUCAUCGGCUUCCUGCUCUUCAUGCUGCGAAGGGGGCCUGCGGGGGCUGGGCGACCCGGCAGGGGCAUGGGUGGCCUGUUCAGUGUCGGUGAGACCACUGCCAAAGUGCUGCGGGACGAGAUCGAUGUUAAAUUCAAGGAUGUGGCUGGCUGUGAGGAGGCCAAGCUGGAGAUCAUGGAGUUUGUGAACUUCCUCAAGAACCCAAAGCAGUACCAAGACCUGGGUGCCAAGAUCCCCAAGGGGGCCAUUCUGACUGGACCUCCUGGUACAGGGAAGACUCUGCUAGCGAAGGCCACAGCAGGCGAAGCCAACGUCCCCUUCAUUACUGUUAACGGCUCUGAGUUCCUGGAGAUGUUUGUGGGUGUUGGCCCUGCCAGGGUUCGAGACCUUUUUGUUUUGGCUCGUAAGAACGCACCCUGCAUCCUCUUCAUAGACGAAAUUGAUGCCGUAGGGAGAAAGAGAGGCAGGGGCAAUUUUGGUGGGCAAAGUGAGCAGGAGAACACACUCAACCAGUUACUAGUGGAGAUGGAUGGGUUUAACACUGCCACCAAUGUGGUGGUCCUGGCUGGCACAAACAGACCAGACAUCCUGGACCCAGCACUGAUGAGACCAGGACGCUUUGACAGGCAGAUAUACAUCGGUCCUCCAGAUAUUAAAGGUAGAGCCUCGAUAUUCAAAGUGCAUCUGAGACCCCUAAAACUGGAUGCAGAAUUGGACAAAGAGACUCUGGCCAGAAAAAUGGCUGCUCUAACACCUGGCUUUUCAGGUGCGGACAUCGCUAACGUGUGUAACGAGGCAGCGCUUAUAGCAGCUCGCCACCUCUCUGAUGCCAUCACCCAGAAACACUUUGAGCAGGCCAUCGAGCGUGUUAUCGGAGGCCUGGAGAAGAAGACACAAGUGUUGCAGCCUGAGGAGAAGAAAACCGUAGCAUACCAUGAGGCAGGACAUGCAGUAGCUGGGUGGUACCUGGAACAUGCAGACCCUCUACUAAAGGUGUCCAUCAUCCCUCGUGGAAAAGGCCUGGGCUAUGCUCAGUAUCUCCCCAAAGAACAAUACCUGUAUACCAAGGAGCAACUGCUGGACAGGAUGUGCAUGACCCUGGGUGGACGCGUCGCAGAGGAGAUCUUCUUUGGCCGCAUCACCACUGGGGCACAGGAUGACCUGAAGAAAGUGACUCAGAGCGCAUACGCACAGAUAGUGCAGUUUGGGAUGAAUGAGAAGGUGGGUCAGGUGUCCUUCGACCUCCCACGGCAGGGAGAGAUGGUUCUAGAGAAGCCCUACAGUGAGGCCACAGCUCGGCUGAUUGAUACAGAAGUUCGAAACCUUAUUAGCACUGCAUAUCAGCGCACACAGCAACUGCUGACGGUGAAGAAGGCAGAGGUGGAGAAGGUGGCGUUGCGUCUGCUUGAGAAGGAGGUUCUGGAUAAGAACGACAUGGUGGAGCUUCUGGGCAAGCGGCCGUUUGCAGAGAAGUCAACGUAUGAGGAGUUUGUGGAGGGCACGGGCGGAAUGGAUGAGGACACCACGCUCCCUGAGGGCCUGAAGGACUGGAAUAAGGAGCGUGGGAGCGAGAAGGAGGAGAGCACAGAUGAGCAGGUGGCCCGUCAGAUCAAAGGUGGCAUGCCUUUCUAGAGGACGACAUUAUUCUGAGCACUUAUUCAUAGAAAAAGGACAAGUUUAUGAUGCUUGAGUCCUGCUCAGGGAAGGGGAAGGUAACCAAGGUAAAUCCCCUCUCCGCAGGAAGGGCUUGUGAUAUGACCUUGCCAAUCCAUACCGCCACCCUCAGGAUAUUGCAGGUUUUGUUUCUGUUGCACAGCCGAACGCAGAGGUACACGGAAAGAGGAUGCUUUGUGGAAAGGCAUUCAAUGUGCCAGCUCUUGGUCAGUAAACCCAGCCUGGGGUUUACUUGGUGGUUUGGUUUUUGGGAGACUUCGCUGCUUUGCUAGAAUUCCACAUUUGAAAUGCUCACGUCUCACUUAAGAGAACGCAGUGUCUGAAUUUUGCUUCACUGACAAAGAGCAGUAGAAUUAAUCAAUUCUCUUUCAGAAAAGGUAUAUAAAGAACAUAAGAAUAUGUAUCUUUAAAUUAAAAAAUAAGUAUAAUUUCUGGUUAUUUUGUAGUAAAUAUUUCUUCUCUGAAGAUGUCAUAUAAAUAAGACAUAGCUUGUCUUGGCUCUGUAACUUAGAUCCAUGAUUUAAAGAUCUGUUAUGGUUCAUGAAUUGCUUUGGAAAGGUGAAAAUGCACUUUGUAAAGCUGUUUGUUCACUAGAUGUGAAGGAAAAAGCAAUUUCUAAGUCAUCCUCAUUAAUACUCUGUUUUUUGAACAGCUGGUAACUAUAUUUUGUGACACUUUUUUUUUCCUUUCCUUUUAUUUAACUGUACAAAUGGAAAGCACUUACUCUCUGUUCAUUGUCCUAAACAUUUACAGCUAAAAAUGAAAAUCAGCCUAAAGAUUUAAUUAUUAGGCCAAGGCCAUUUUUCUGAGUACUCCAUGUUGGAGUUAUCACUUUUUUCUCUUCCAUAACAUGGCAUGACAUGCUCUUCUACACCAACAAAUCUGAAUGUUCAUCUGCUUUACAUCAUGAGUGGCUCAAUGAAAUAAUGUACUAUACUUAUUGAUCUGACCUCCUAACUCCAGGCCCAGAUCAGCCUGGAUGUAUUAAUUCUUGAUUUGAUUUGAUUUGAAGUCAAGCGAAUGCACACAGAUAAGCAGUGUGUGGUCUGUUUUAGUCUAGAUUACCAAUGAGUAUCUCCAAAUUCAUUAUUUAUUCAACAGUGCAGAGCCUAAUGUGGUGAAUGCAGGCCUUGUAGUACAGAAUACAAGCCGCAGCGUCUCACCAGUAUCUGACUUUUCAAGAAGGUGUGGGAGGGAUUCUGUAAUAUUUUGUGUAAAUGUGUAUUUUGUGAAUUGAAAAUGGUUUUGGAUGUUCGAAUAAAUGUGUAUAAAUUUAAAAUCG